AUGCGUGUCCUCUUGCUCCUCCUCCUCCUCCUCGCCGUGGCCUCUUCUCCGGCGACGGCGUCGGGCGAUGGCGGCGCGGCCGUUCCAGUGGGGAAUACCGUCUUGUCGUUCUUCUGCAACCCCACCAGCUCGAGCGUCCAGCGGACGUACCAGCCCAACAGCACGUUCGCGGCCAACCUCCAGAAGCUCGUGACCGAGCUCCCGAGGAACGCCUCGGCGUCGGGCUUCUCGGCGGGGAGGUUCGGCGCCGCGGGCCCUGGCGCGGCGUACGGGAUCGUGCUCUGCCGCGGCGACUACCUCGGCCAGCAGUGCGUGGACUGCCUCGCCGACGGGUUCGUGCAGGCGGCCAGCAGGUGCCCCAGCAGCGUGGACGCGACCAUGUACUACGACCAGUGCCAGCUCCGGUUCUCCGACCAGGACUUCCUCGCCGGAGCCGGAGCGGGCGCCUCCAACAUGCCGGAGAGCGCCGCCUCGAACAUGAACAAGGUGUCCGCCGGGAACACCGCCGCGUUCGACGCCCUGGUCACGCGGCUCGUGGACGCGGUGUCCGACGCCGCCAGCAACAGGAGCGCCCGCUACGCCACGGGCCAGGCCGGGUUCCCGCCGGAGAACAUGAACGUGUACGCGCUCGUGCAGUGCACGCAGGAUCUGACGACAGGGCAGUGCCGGGAGUGUCUGACCGGCCUCAGAGACCAGAUGGCCAGUUUGUUCGCCGGGAAAGUGGGUGGGAGGAUUCUCGGCGUGCGCUGCCACAUCAGGUACGAGAAGGAUGUCUUCUUCGCGCAGACCCAAGAUAUCCUGACGCUCACGCCGCUGCUGGGUUCGACCAAAGGUAGCAGCACGACGCUAUGGAUCGUCGCCGUCGUCGUCCCCGUGUCCGUGGUCCUGGCCUGCUUCCUGGCGUGCUUCCUCUGGAUCAGAAAGCGGAGGAGGAGAGGAAUGAUCAAUAUGUCAGGGAGGGUGAGUGUGCCCACCAUCUCCAUGGAGAUGGAGCAGGUGCUCAAGCUCUGGCGGGUCGAGGAGAGCGACUCCGAGUUCUCCAUCUUCGACUUCGACCAGAUCGCCGACGCCACCGACAACUUCUCCGACGACCACAAGCUCGGCCAGGGCGGCUUCGGACCCGUCUACAAGGGCAAAUUGAGAAGUGGAAUUAAAAUAGCAGUCAAGAAACUAGAAGCGUGUUCUUUACAAGGAUUAUUGGAAUUCCAAAAUGAAAUUCAGCUUAUAGCAAAGCUUCAACACAAAAAUCUCGUUAAGCUGCUGGGUUGCUGCACUAGAGGAGAUCAAGAAAAGUUGCUUAUAUAUGAAUACAUGGAAAAUAAAAGUCUAGAUUACUUCAUAUUUGAUAACGUGAAGGGGCAACACCUAAACUGGUCAAAACGUCUGCACAUAAUUAAUGGGAUAGCUCAAGGGCUUCUUUACCUUCACAAUUAUUCGCGGUUAUGUUUUAUUCAUAGGGAUUUGAAAGCAAGUAACAUUCUCUUGGAUAGUGAAAUGAAUCCAAAAAUAUCAGAUUUUGGGAUGGCCAGAAUAUUCUGUUCAAAUGAGAAAGAAUCAAAUACUACCAGAAUAGUGGGCACACAUGGGUAUAUGGCACCCGAGUACGCCAUGCGUGGCCACUAUUCUAUAAAGUCUGAUGUUUUCAGCUUUGGCAUCUUGAUUCUUGAAAUCUUAACCGGAAGAAGAAGCAGUGGUUCCUUUAACAUCGAGAAGUCCGUUGAUCUCUUAAGUCUUGUUUGGGAGCACUGGACCAUGGGAACAAUUGUGGAGGUUAUGGACCCAUCUCUGAGAGGCAAAGCUCCUACGCAACAGAUGAUGAAAUGUGUCCAUAUCGGUCUACUGUGUGUUCAGGAUAACCCGGUCGAUAGACCGAUGAUGUCAACAGUAAACGUCAUGCUCAGUGGAAACACUUUCUCUCUCCAGGCUCCACUGAAGCCAGUAUUUUUCAUUCCAAACUCAACUGUUUAUUCAGAAUCAUAUCCUACAGCUUCCCAAUCCACCGCUAACGUUACCUCAGGGGCGAUAUCACCAAAUGAAGUGUCAAUCACAGAACUGGAACCAAGAUGA